GCAUCGUUCUCAUGAAGAACAAGAUGUAGCUCUCGCAUUACUGAAACAAUGAACGCUAUGAGUCCAGCUGUUGUUGUGACUUGUUAGCCUCAGUACUUGGCACUGUUGUCCGGAGGGAGGAUAGUUGAACUUCAUAUUAUUACAAAUUGAGAUGAAGUGGGGAGUGUUGGCGCUUGUUUUCAUUUGCCUAAUCGGGUCUGUAACCGCUCGCAGGCUGCAGAGGCCUCGACUUUGCGGCCGGAACGAGAGACCCACGAGGUUCAUGCCACGAAGAGAGCGAUUCUGCAGCCCCCGGAUCACGAGGCCAUCGUUGCUGAGGGCUCGGCGUUGGUGCGUCUGCAAGAGUGGAUUCGUCCGCAACGCUUGGGGCCAGUGCAUCAGGCACGAGGACUGCGACAGCUGCAAGGCGUUGCCGCGCAUGGACUUCAACGUGUGCGAGACGGACUGCCCGCUGACCUGUGGCAGGCCCAUUCCUUUCUUCUGUUACGUGCACUGUGUUCGCGGCUGCGCAUGUCCUCCGGGAUUCGUGAUUGACCGCAGGACUGUCAGGAGGGGGUGCGUGUCUGCGAAGGUAUGCCCUCCCAUGUGCCCGCAACACUCAAGUUAUCAGCAGUGUGUUUCCUCUUGCGAGCCAAGGUGCGACGUCCUGCGGCCAAAGCACUGUAUCAAACAGUGUCAUGCUGGUGACUGCGUAUGCCACAAAGGCUUCGCCAAGUUAUACGAAGGGGGCUUGAUGCGCUGCGUGCCCACGUUAAUGUGCCCUAAGAGAUACGAGGACUUUUAUGGGCAACUAUACUUUGUGAACAUCGGGCGUUAGUCAGAAUGCAGCCAUUGUAAGCGUAGGAUUUCCUGAAAUAUUUACAAGUCGGAACUGUGGCGCUAAAAUCGUGACUUUUCUGAGUAUAUUCUUGCUGCUUCGAAUGUACUUGUACCUUUGUUGAACGUUUCGUUUUGAUUUAGGCAUAGCAAAAAAGCACUUCUUGCUGUCAACCUCGUUACCCGACUUGAAUUUGAAAGUUAGAAAGAGGUAAAAAUGAAAAAGUGGGACUGGAAAACUUAUGCUAAACUUUGUCUUGCCACGAAAUGGCUCCACAUGAAGUCAAUAAGCUGAAGUUUAGACAAAUCCUUGCAUUACCCACGAUUUUUACGUUGGCUCAGGAACCAGGUAUUUCAGCUCUUAUAGGUACUCGCGCCAUACUUCUGCACUGUGUACUGUAAUAAAACCGUAACUGUAAGCACUCAUAGGACGCUGAAGUGUGUGCCACUGGAUCAUCUGCAUAAGGUAGCGUCCUUGAACGCAGCACGACAGCUAUACGCUUCUUAUACGAAGCGAGUAUGGGAACAAAGUACCCUUAAAAAAGUUUUGUGCCUUGUGCAAAGCAAUGCGUGCCUAGGUACCGUCCGUUUGAGCCAUCAUUUCUAGAAUGGCUUCUUCGUAGAGUCAGAAAGUCAACUUCGCUGUAUGAUUCCUUUGUGUCGACAGUGCACUAAAUAUGCUUUCUCUGUCAACAUAGAUAACGUUUUCUGUCUUUAAACAUAGGUUGUGCCGCUACUGCGUUGAGGUGUUCUUGUUUGAACUGUAAACUUUAUGGUAUACUGAGAUAGUGUAAAUAAAAUACUACUUCCGGAA